AUGGCCCUGACACCAGUUGUUGUGGGAGAAUGGGUGAUGGCCUCGUUGGCCACCAUCUGCGUGGCAGCCCGCAUGUUUGUUCGACUCCAGCUGAACAAAGAUCACCUACACUGGGCAGACUCUUGGCUUUUGGUCGGACUCUUCUGCGCCGUAGGGUUGGCCCUCUGCGAUACGAUGGCUGAUUUGGACGGCGAGUUGGACAAUUAUGAGAAUCCUAGCGUUCGCACGCUCAAGUUUCGCUUUGCAACCAACUACUUCUUCGAUACGGGGAUGUACUUUCCAAAGUUCAGUAUCAUCGCGUUCUACUGGACACUUGUUCCCCUAACCCAGCCACACAUGCGCGUCGCAUUGUAUGUUCUCACGGCCAUCACAGCCGUCUUCUGUAUCGCGACCUUCUUUGAUGCCACUUUCUGGUGCGGCGCGGAUGUGACAAGUAAUUGGUCUACUGACGAAGACGCCUGCCGCGCAUUUGAUUCAAUGACGAUGAUGCGCAUUCACUGGGCACUUAAUUUUAGCACUGAGAUUCUCAGUAUGGACGCCCCUCUGAUUCCUACUAUUAUCAAUCGUAUAAAUUCUAACAUCGCAUCAGAUCUCGUGUUCCCUUUCCCUCUUGUGCGAGAUCUAAAGCUCCCGAAGCUUCGGGAAAAGAUUGGACUCUGUGUCAUUUUAGGACUCGGAGUGGUAACCAUUGCUGUGAGCAUUGGACGGUUCAUUACAAUGGUAUCGGGAGGAAAUAAUGUUGCCAGCUAUCUGUGGACGGCUUCAGAGAUAUCUGUAGCGCUCACCGUCGUCGCACUGACUGCGCUGCGGCCGUUGCUGCGAAAGAUAGCUCAACUUGUGAGCGGCACAACCAGCGACAGCGACCAGAGAUACUAUGGGACGUACGGCGCCUCUACGACUGUUCGGACCAGAACUGGGAAGUCUAAACCCACGCAUACACAAGGCUCGGGGAUAUAUUGGCGUACGCACAGUGUGACAGGGAACAAUGCCGUUGACGACAAUGAGAGCGAUGAGGUCGAGCUCCGGCCGAUCAAACCCAACCAAAUCAUGCAAACGAGGGAGGUCACUGUCUCUUCUGAGGCGGCGGCAUAG